AUGUUUAAAUUGAUUAAUCGCCAUGCACGUCGAAGUGGUGUCAUAUAUUUGCGUAAUGAAAAAAUUGAGGUUAGAAAAGCUAAAGUCUAUUAUUGCUAUUCGUCAGUUGGAUCUAUAAGAUAUGCUUCAACCAUUAAUAACGAUGCUGGAAAAACUGUUCCAUUGGUCGAGAGUAUACCCGAACCACCACCUGUUCCAGAUACCUCGAUAAUAACCGAGACUGUACAGUCUUUAGCUGUUAAUGUUGGAUUUCUAAAGGUGCCGGCUAUAAGAGAUUAUUUUAAAAUUCCAAAACUCAUCAAACAUACACCAGAGAAUUUACCAAUAAAGAAGAAAGGUUUUGUUGAAGGAGCAAAAGAUUCAUGGACAAAUAUGAAACUUUCAAGAGACCUAGCUGACAGACAAAGAAUAGAUGAAAUGAUAUUUACUAAGGCAGGCAAAGGUGCUAUACAAAAAACUUAUAAAUUUGAUCCAACAAAGUUAUCAAAUGUACAAGCUAAAUCUAAAUUG